UAAAGAACCACAGGUUCAAGCUUAAUCACAAAGCAUAUCCAUGGCGGAGCAGCGCGAGAAGCUUCACAUCGUGGUGUUUCCAUGGCUAGCAUUUGGUCACAUUGGUCCAUUUUUUGAGCUUGCAAAACUCAUAGCUCAAAAGGGUCACAAAAUUUCUUUCAUUUCCACACCUAGAAAUAUCCAUCGCCUACCAAAAGUGCCUGAAAACUUGCAACCUUUGGUGGAUCUGAUAGAACUGCCACUGCCCCGUGUUGACAAACUGCCAGAAAAUGCAGAGGCCACAAUGGACAUUCCUCAUCACCUCAUUCCAUACCUGAAGCUGGCUUUUGAUGGUCUUGAACAACCUUUGGCCAAGUUUCUGGAGAGAUGCAAACCAGAUUGGAUAAUAUACGACUUUGCACCGUAUUGGUUGCCGCCAACAACUUCUAAGCUAGGAAUCCCAUGCAUCUCAUUCUCUGUUUUUAGUGCAUCUGGUAUGACUACUUUUUUUGAGUCUAUUAGAAGAACAACCAGUGGCAGUGAGUCUUCGUGGAGCAAAGAUAUUCCUGAAGAGCAUAAUGAGUCAAAUGAAUCGGGGGUUUCUGACGUGUUUCGAGUCCUUACAAUUUCUGAUGCUGCUCAAGUUAUUGCUUCAAGAAGUUGCAUGGAGAUUGAAGGUGAGGCUCUCAAAGUUUGUAGAAGUAUGUAUAGUAAACCGGUGAUUCCAGUUGGGUUAUUGCCACCUUCAUUACAGUUCAGUGAAGACAGGAAUGAUGAAAACUGGGAUACCAUACUUAAAUGGUUAGACAAACAGGAAGAAGGGUCAGUGAUGUAUGUAGCUUUUGGAAGUGAAGUGACACUAAGCGAUGAAGACUUUACUGAAAUUACUAAGGGAAUAGAAAUGUCUGGUUUUCCCUUUUUCUGGGUUCUUAAAAGUCAAAACAGCUCUAACGUUGAGUUGCAGGAUUCGCUUGUGAAUAACUCAGGAAAGGGAUUGGUGUGGAGAAGAUGGGCACCACAGAUGAGGAUUUUAGCACACAAGUCUGUUGGGGGAUUCCUGACUCACUGUGGUUGGAGUUCAGUUAUAGAGAGUCUUCAAGUUGGUUGUCCACUUGUUAUGUUGCCAUUCCAAAAUGAACAAUUUAUAGUUGCUAGGAAUAUGGAAGAGAAAAGGGUAGGGGUCAAAGUAGAGAGAAGUGAAGAUGAUGGGAAGUUCACCAGGGAAUCAUUGGCCAAUGCAUUAAGAUCGGUGAUGUUGGAAAAAACUUAUAGAAGUGAAGCAGAGGAGAUGAGUAAGAUAUUUGGGGACAAAGAACUGCACCAAAAAUAUAUAGAUGAGUUUGUGGAACAUAUGGAAAUCCAUAGGCCUGCCAUAAAGGAUUAGUCUUUCUGUCAUUCGAUUACAUCAUUCAAAAUAUAUCACUCUGUGUUGUGUUAUUUCUCUUUGUAUCUCAGUAAUCUCAGUCCAUGGCAUCUCAGAUUUAAAUUUGUUUCAUCAAUGAGGACAAUCACUUGUUGGAAGAACAAGUCCUUUGGUGUUGUGUUUUUUCUUGUAAUAUGUCAUCAGCUAUGCAAAAUUUAUGUUGUGGGUUA